GACUACUAGAUGACGCAAGACUGUGGAAGACUCGGACAUAUGGGAAACAGGCGCUCGACGAACAUUAUUGUCUAAUUCAGACAGUUUCUGACGAAGAUAAAACAGUGGAAUUACUGGUCCAAGAGGAUCACAUAUGGGGCAACAAGUUUUCUGAAAAUAAUUGA